CACUCAUAUCACUCCUUCUUCUGUAGAGACUCACAGAGCAUCUCUGUAGACAGAUUUGGAACUGCAAACAUGAAGUUCACUGUGUUUCUGAGUGGAUUCCUGCUGGUCUUUCUGCUUCCCAAUUGGACAAAAUGUGUUGACACUGUGGACAUCGAAACUCUUGCCCGGAUUAUAAACUUCUUUGAGGAGAACUAUAAGAGAGUCGAUGAAGAUGGACAUUCCCGUCAGUACGCUACGGCCAUCAAUGUGCCAAUGCAUCAGUGUCAACAGAACUUCAGCCCUGCACGGAACAACUUCCUGACUCAGGAGAAUGCCACGAAUGUGAAAAAUGCUAUUAAUGAUGAAACAAAUGGACUUUACCAAGGUACAGAACUUAUUGCUGCAGGACUUAAAAAAAGAAAGAACCACUAUUUGCAUUCAGAGUCUCUCCUGCUGAAUCCUGCUGGCAACUCACCCAUGACUAGACUUUUGAAUACAAGAAACGAUGGCUGCACUGUUUUCUACACCUUUGAGUCUCCCUGUGUUGACUCAUGUCUGAAUGCGGCAAGGAACCACAACAUUAUAAAUGCCCUGGAGAACUGGAAAGGACACAGUGGAAUUAAAGCUUUUGUCUUCAAGAAUAUCUGGAAGUUUGACAUUAAAAAAAGAGAUCUUAACACCAAAUUUAGGCAGAUUGCAGCUCGUAUUCCUCUCUACCGCUGUGUGACUGCAAAUCAGUGUUACGCUUGCAAAGGGGAAGGAAACGCUCCCAUAGAUGCUCAGUGUCUGCCUCCACCAGAAAUAUAAUAUUUAUGCAGUAACAUUCUUUUCGUGCAUAUGUGAUUCUGUAUUAAGAUCUAUCUUUUGUUUUGAAAUUCAGUAUGCUUAAAUGAACUAGUAAUAUGUGUUUUAAAAAUAAUCUUGCUUCCUAUUGGAACAAAUAAAAUACUUCU